CAAGCGGCAAGAUGUUCUAUGGGCGGCUCGCCGCAGCAGGUUUCAGCCGGGUUUUCUCCUGCAUCGAGGAAAUGGAGUACUAUGCCUGGUUCCUAUCUUGUGGUCUGCUGUGGGUUGGAUUGGUUCGACGAAUCUCAUUAUUGCGAGUUCGAAAUUAUGAACAUCGACAUCGAUCUCAGCUCCUGUUCCGAGUUUCACGUUGGUUCGGCUACAGCCGACACCGACAACGUCUCCGUGUCCGUCUCGGCCUCCACUUCCGCCUUGUGACAAGGCACCAAGAUACGCGAAUAUCAUCGGGUGCAACGCCAAUGCCACUGAAAUCUCCGGCAUCAAAGGGCGUAUAAAAUCGCGGAACGGACAACUCGAUCGACGAUUCAAUAUGGGGACAAAGGUUACUCACAAGAAGGGUAGGGCAGCAGAGUGAGACAAAAGCCAUUCAGAGCAGAUCCCAGGCUGGCAAAGGGACCAGGUAUAUAAAUCUCUGACCUUACCCCCCACAAACCGACCCCGCGUCCAUAAGUGAACAUCAACCGUUGAAGGAUACAAACACCACCUCAACCAGUAGUACAGGAGACUUGGGCUACACCAACAGCAACACCAUCACCGAUAUCAACAUCAGUCUGACUACCCACUGGCUAUCCCGUCCAGAACCACCAUUGUCGCUCUUGCCAGCUCCCAUCAACGACUCAACAACUGAAAGAUGUCUAACGACUCCGACCCAUCCCUCCCCAUGCCCGAACCCACGGUGCCGCGCCGACCCUUUCCCACAUUCAAGCUCCUCUCAUUCGACAUCUACGGCACGUUGAUCGACUGGGAACAGGGGAUCUUGGAGCGUCUGAAACCAUUGAUCUCACGCCUCGACGGAGCCACCAACGCACCCGCCCACGCGCAACAGUACCUCGAAGACAGCCGCAGCAACCCGACCGGCCGCCCGGUCCAACUGGCCGCCAAAUUCAACGAGAUUGAAGCGCAACUCCAGGCCGAGAACCCCGGCGCAAAGUACUCUGAGAUUCUACGGAAAGCGUAUCUUCGACUUGCUGAAGACUUGGGCGUGACGGACACCAAUAUUGACCAAGAAGCCCAAGCCUUCGGCGCCAGCAUUGGCGAAUGGCCCGCGUUCUCCGACACCGUGAACGCGAUGCGCCGGCUGCGGAAAUACUAUGAUUUCCUCGUGCCGCUGAGCAACGUCGACCGCGACAGUUUUGCAGGCACGCGGACCGGCCCAUUGCAAAACAAAGUCGAUUUCUUCCGCGUCUACACCGCCCAGGACAUUGGCAGUUACAAACCCAACCCCCGCAAUUUCGAUUACCUGAUCGACCACGUCAAACUGGACGCCGGUGUUGAUAAGCACGAUAUCCUGCACGUUGCACAGAGUCUGUUCCAUGACCAUGUCCCUGCGAAAAGGGCCGGAUUGAGUUCCGUCUGGAUCAAUCGUGCUGGUGCGGGCAUGGGCAGCGGUAAAGGGAUCAAGACUUUGCAUGACGCCGGUGAGGUCGGCUAUGGGUGGAGGUAUGCGACCUUGGGGGAAUUUGCGGAUGAGGUGGAGAGACAGUUUGCUGAGCAGCAGCAGGGGAAAGGACAAUAAAGAAUAAAACCUCAAGGUGGGCUUGGACGGCGAAAUCCAUCGUCCACGGACAGCUUCAGUAGAAGAUUGUUGGUCCCUGAUGAUUGAAGAUCAGGCGGACUGUCACAUAGAUGGCUACUCCAACGAUACUAUAUCGGGACUUUGUUUCCAGGAGUAUCUUGGGAUGAGCUGGUCCAACAAGACAAGACAGGGAAAAUGCCAAAAAAUUAAGGAUAUAGGACAAAAUUGCGUCCAAGUACAAUCACAUCCACCAGCAGUUCCAUUCCAAUGCAUCUACCCAUAGUCAGCUUACUCAGAGGACAGGAAAUCGAGAUCGGAUGAAGCAUAUCAUGACGAGGAAUGCGACAAAGUCGGCAUUCCGGACAGGCAAAGGUCCAUUGCCCGGUCUUCGGGGAGUGGCACCAAAAACCGCCUGGUCCGUUCUGUGGUAGCAUAGCACGAAACGGAUGGAAUCCAUGCAAUCAUCGACGAAAACAUCA